AUGGGUGGCCAAGUAUCCAAGAUGAUGGGGAAGAUCUUUGGCACGAAGGAAAUGCGUAUCCUCAUGCUGGGUUUGGAUGCUGCUGGAAAGACCACUAUUCUUUAUAAAUUGAAACUCAGCAACCAAGACGUGACCACCAUUCCCACUGUUGGCUUCAACGUCGAGAGUGUCACCUAUAAGAACGUCAAGUUCAAUGUCUGGGACGUCGGUGGCCAGGACAAGAUCCGGCCUCUCUGGAGACACUAUUACUCUGGCACACAAGGUUUGAUCUUCGUGGUUGACUCCAGCGAUACCGCCCGCCUGGAGGAGGCUCGCUCGGAGCUGCACAAGAUCAUCAAUGAUCGUGAAAUGAAGGAUGCUCUUCUGCUUGUCUUUGCCAACAAGCAGGAUGUUACCGGCCACUUGAGCCCGGAAGAAAUUACUCAGCAACUCCAGUUGACCAAGCUCAAGGACAAGCUGUGGUAUGUUGCGCCCAGUGUCGCGACAGACGGUACUGGUAUUUUCGAGGGACUGGCCUGGCUCUCCAACAACGUCAAAACUCAGCCGCAGAAAUAA